CGAUCCAUUCCUUCUUGCCGCUCUUUAGCAUCGUACAACCCAUCUCCAGGCGACUUCUCUCCUCCACUUCAAGAUGCGUGAUGAAGGAAGCGCUCACAAACUUUCGUCGGAAUCACCCCACUUCUGCUUGGUCGACUUACCGCCAGAAGUGCUGGAAGUCAUUCUGAGCUUGGCACGCCCUUUGGAUGUCCUUGCGGUGCGAAAGACAUGCUCCACGCUGCACGCCGCGUCGCGCAACCGCUGGGUGUGGCUCUCUGUCGCGCAGAGGACGGCUUUCCUCCAUGGCCUGCCCCUGACUCCGACUGAACGAGCCGUGAUGGGCACCUCCGACCUGGAGCGCUUUGCCACAGCCCCGGGACGCUCCUUUCGCGCUCUCGUCGCGGCGUCAGGCCCUUUCCGCGCUGACUGGAACGCAAUUCCCGAGUUGCAUCCACGGAGGAAGACCGUGUAUCCAAAUAUGGCCGGACAAUUCUUUCCUGACGACGAGGUCUUCAUCUUCCCGGGCGGGUCAUAUUUGAUGAUCACCAACAAAGACGGAGACAUGACUCUCUACCGGCUCGAUUCCGCUGGUCCCGAGCAGCUCGGCACGUUACCUUACACGGCCCACCAAUUUCUGCAGGACGGAACUGUCUUGCAGAUCGUGACUCUGACGAAGACAGCCUCCCGCCGUGAGCCCUGGAAGAUUUCCGUGUUCAAAAUCGCCCUCGAUGGCGAGAAGUCCGAGUUUUGGCUCGUCGCUUCCGUCUGUGUUUCCUUGCGUCUCACUUCUCAUAAUGCCCUGGCGCUCUUUGGCACCCGCAUAGCAGUUGCUGACAACUUCGAUGUCCUCGUAUGGGACUUCGCACUCGACCGUCGAACCUCAUGGGGGCAUAAGCUAAGCUUGGAGGACCACGUAGUGAAAGACUUGCGCAUUCUCAUAUACGAGAAUCGUGUAGUUCUAAUGUGCUGUCCCAUGGACCCAGAAGCUCUGAUCUUGGCCUUCAACACACGUGGUACGCCAAUGGAAAAGCCUAACGUGCGCGCGAAGGUAGCCGUCUUCGAAGUUCCAGCCUAUGCCGCAGGCCGCAAUCGCAUACGCUUGUGGCCGAGUGUGACCAUGUGUCUUGGUCAGGACCAGAUUCUCCACUGUCCUGACCGUGCUAUACCAGGCGCGCUCUUUGCGUUCCAGGUGCACACACAAUUUCCCGGCGCGGAGGGUCACCUCCACACUUAUACCCUCCGCGACGACCUCGAGAGCACGCGCCGGUCUCCCGCGCACUGUAUUGUUCCCCCCUCGCCCAGCUUGGACGAGAGCUUCUCCUACUACAGUGCUGUUAUGAUGACGGCGUGCGAUAUUGGACAGGCCUGUUUCGAGCAGCACGGCGUCCUCACUGGCAUGGGCACGACCGUGCAUUUGGCGUGGCUGGAACCCGCGGAGGGGCAGAUGCUGUUUCGGUCUUCCGUCAGGCUCGUGCAGAGCGCGCGGUAUGACCUGCGCAAGCUGUGUCACUCGUUCGAUGUCGCUUCGGGGAGGUUCUGCGCCCUCUACGCGGACGGCGAGCUCCUCGUCGCGGACUACAUCUAGCAUUGAUGGGAUGGCCAUUUGCGGGUCAUGUCGAGCAUGCCCACGAAGGAGAAAACAGAUGCCUUACCACAGCUCACGGGAAAGACUUUGUAUAGCGAUUGUGGGAGGGAAAGCGUAACCUGACAACUCCAUAGACGAAAAUGAUACCGAGGAGAUUGAAGC